AUGGAGUUUGACCAGCUGCGGCUGCAGCUGGCCGCCGGCAGGGUGUUCCAGGGAUACCAGGAGGGGCCCGUGACGUUCCGGCCCACCUACAAGUACGACCCCGGCACCGACAACUGGGACUCUAGCGAGAAGAACCGGGCGCCGGCCUGGUGCGACCGCGUGCUCUGGAAGGGCGACCGCAUCCGGCAGGUCAAGUACACCAGCCACCCGACGCUGACGCUCAGCGACCACAAGCCCGUGUCGGCGCUCUUCCAGGCCGGGGUCAAGGUCAUCGAUCCGGUCAAGUACCGUAAGAUCUAUGAGGACAUCAUGAAGGAGCUGGACAAGUACGAGAACGACUCGCUGCCGCAGGUGUCGGUUGACACCACCGAGAUCAUCUUCGGCACGGUCCACUUCUUCGAGACCAAGACGCAGCGGCUGGUCAUCACGAACACGGGCCAGGUGGCAGUGCAGUAUCGCUUCAUCAACAAAUUGAACGACACCACAUACUGCAAGCCCUGGCUGACGGUCGACCGGCAGACUGCUGUCAUUAUGCCUGGGGAGCGGUGUGAGGUGACGCUCGAGGUGCGCGUGGACGACCGGACGGCGGCCAAGCUCAACACGUGCCAGGACAAGCUGUACGACAUCCUGGUGCUGCACCUGGAGAACGGCAAGGACAUCUUCAUCACCGUCCAGGGCGACUACGUACGCAGCUGCUUCGGCGUGUCCAUCAACGCGCUGGUGCACAUCAAGACGCCGUUCGCCGAGGUGGCUAUCUCCCGCCUGCUGGACCUGGAGAGCCCCAGCCCCAAGGAGCUCACCCACAACCCGUACGUGAUCCCCAAGGAGCUCUGGUUCAUGGUGGAUCAGCUGCAGAAGGAGGGCAUCGGCAAGGACCUGUUCGCGCGCAGCGGCCUGCCGUCGGAGGUGCAGCUGAUUCGGGAGGCGCUGGACACCACGCUGCCGGAGACGCUCCCGGGCAGCAUCCACUCGGUGGCCGAGGCGCUGCUGCUCUUCCUGGCCAGCCUGCCCGAGCCGGUCAUACCCAGCGACUACGUGGUGCAGUGCAUGGAGAGCUCCGACAACUUCAUCCAGUCCAAACACAUCGUGUCGCAGCUGCCGCCUCACCACAAGAACGUGUUCACCUACAUCUGCACGUUCCUACGCGAGGUGGUCACCAAGGCGCCCCGGGACGGCGGUUUGGAGGCCACCGCACUCGCGAAAAUCUUCGGCGGUGUGCUGAUCAGGAGUCCCAGCGCCGCCUGGCUGCAGCGCAACAACAUGUCCCUGCAGACGUUGGAUCGGCGAAAGACCACCUUCGUCUACCACUUCUUAGUCAACGAGAUCGACAUCUGAGCGGCCGUCGGUCGUUUAGAAGGGCGUGUAGACUCAGGAGCCGGGAGCUCGCCGUCGGGGCGGGCCCGGUCGCUAGUACAACCUCGCCGGUCCGGCAGUGUAGCAGUUGCGCUGUUUUUUGUUGGUUGGGUCGGCGGGCGGGCGUUGAAUACUCGGUCACUCCACUUCUGCAUUCCACUCUGCCGCCCGGGCGUGCUUAGCUUAAACGGUGUUUUGUUCUUGACCCGGUUUUCCGUACUGCGGCUUGUUCCUUCAGUCCGACGUGUGAAGGGAAACUCGCUUGCCUGUUGUCUGGCACUGCUACUUUUCAGCGACCGUGCUGAAACGUUGGUUUGGUGGGCCGAGUGGUGUGCUGAUGGCCGGUUCCGCCGUGCUUUGGCUGCCGUUGUCUGUGUUCGCUUCCUAACGUCGCUGCGUGUAACUAACCAGCUGGGGCCGUUCGGGAGGUGGCCCGCUCAUGCCGGAGUCGCGCGGCGCGGUGGCGCGCUCCUGGCUCGCCCGUGCCCCGCGCCUGCCCGUCCUAGGCUGCACCCAGCGCGCGCAAAGCCAGAGCUUGGCGGCCGGCUGCUAACGCGCCCCGGAGGCCGUGAGCCCCGGCUCUGAGCGGCCGCGAUUAGGGUUGGCGGUGGUCGGUCGGAGAUGCUGUGAAGGCGGUGGAUACGCUGUAUUUUUGUACGGGCGGCCAUGGUGAGACGGACCUGGCCGUCCGUCUGUGUCACAAUCGACGCGGCGCGGCGGGGCGGUGCCGGUGAGCUGACCUCGGUCGGACGGAGCGAGCGGCGCCCAGACGGCCCCGCGGCGGUUGUCACACCGCGUGGGGCUCUGACGCGAGUCACGACCUCGGGGCCAGGCGCGGCCGUGUGUGGGGACUGCCGAGUGUCUCCAGACGGCCUGCUCUGUCCAGCCGCUCCGCGCUGGCAGA